AUGAACACCUUCCUGCUCUCUGCCCUGUGCCUCCUCGGGGCCUGGGCCGCCCUGGCAGGGGGCGUCACCGUAAAGGAUGGAGAGUUCGCCUUUUCUCUGGAGUCAGUGAAGAAGCUCAAGGACCUCCAGGAGAUCCAGGAUCCCAGGAACCCUAGAAAUCUGGGUCAAUCCACUGUUCCCAUCGCCUGUAGCUCCCCAAAUUUCCCCGAAGAACUCAAGCCUGUCUGCAAGGAGCCCAACGCCCAGGAGAUCCUCCAGAGGCUGGAGACCAUCGCCCAGGACCCCAGCACUUGUGAGAUCUGUGCCUACGCUGCCUGUGCUGGAUGCUAGGAGGGCCAGUGACCGCUGCCUUCUGCCCCUCCUUUGCCAGAGGCUCCCCAUCCCCGCAGCUCAACCUACCCGGCCUUCAAAUGGAGGAAGGAGGAGAGGGCAGCCUGGGGAGGCCCCACCCCUGCCCCUAUCCGAGCUGCCAGCG